AUGCGAGAGUUGACAAUGGACCAACGCAACUCCAUCAGCGUCAUUGAGAGGGCUUGCUCGGUCCUCUCUCUACUGGGAUGCAUCUUCAUCAUCGCCACCUUUUGCUCCUCGAGGGUCUUUCACAAGCCCAUCAACCGGCUCGUCUUCUACGCUUCCUUUGGCAACAUGAUGACAAACGUCGGCACCCUCAUGUCCCAUGCCUACCUGAACGACCUCGACUCCUUUGGCUGCCAGUUUCAAUCUUUCUUGAUCCAAAUGUUUAUGCCCGCGGAUGCCUUUUGGACGCUGGCCAUGGCCAUCAAUGUCUACCUUACCUUUUACCACAAGUUUGAUGCCCAGAGGUUGCGCAGAAUGGAGUUGGCCUAUUUGGUUGGCUGCUACGGUAUCCCCUUUAUCCCAGCCUUUGCCUAUAUCUUCAUCAGGAACAGCCAGGGGCAGCGUGUCUACGGCAAUGCCACCCUGUGGUGCUGGAUCUCUCCGCAGUUCGACAUUCUGCGCAUCGCCACCUUUUACGGUCCGGUUUGGGUCACGAUUCUCAUCACUUUCUUCAUCUACAUCCGCGCAGGCCGGACCAUCUACGAGAAGCGCAAGCAGCUGCACGACUUCAAGUCGUCGGACCCGGAUCCCCUGUCGGUCAACGGCGAGGCCGUCGCGACCAUUAAGCGAACCGAGGUGACGGUGACGACAGAAGCGGCGACUAGCCCCGGGGGCAUCCACCUGGGCCCCUUGGGCCGGGGGAAGAAGUCGCCGUCGGAGCACAGCUCGGCGGGUGCCAGCGGCGCGUAUUCGGUGCACAUCUCGGCCGAGAACGACGGGUCGCCCGGGGACGAGGUGGAGCUGCCGAUUCAGGGCCGGACGAUCCAGCAGACGAGCACGGUGCAGGUGGCGCCGCACAAGCCGCCCAACCCGACGCGGCGGCGUAACCACGAACUCAACAACGCGGCCUGGUCCUACACCAAGUGCGCCAUCCUCUUCUUCACCGCCAUCCUCAUCACCUGGAUCCCGUCGAGUGCCAACCGCGUCUACUCGGUCGUCCAUCAAAACGAGUCGUUCUCGCCGCUCGAGUUUAUGAGCGCCUUUGUCCUGCCUCUCCAGGGCUUCUGGAACGCCGUCAUCUAUGCCGUCACGUCGUGGGGCGCCUGCAAGAACCUGCUCCACGACUGGCGCAUCGUCCGCCCGUCACCCGUCACCGAAAUCACCGGCGGCUCCUCCUUCAGGGGCACCGAACAGAGCCUGGGCGGCCGCCGCGGGGGCCUGUUCCGCCACCCGCCGCAAAGCUCGCGGACCUUUGACUCGGAGAGCACGACGGAGCUGGCCAAGUCUCGAACGGGGUCGGCCGACGGAGGACGACUUUGUUGA